AUGCUACAAGUAAUUCAGAAUUCCUCAGAGGUUUCUAGUCAUAGAAUACCAAUGGAUUUCUCGCCCUACCUCCUGUCUUCAAGUCCACCUGCUUCAGGCUUCGAUCUGAUGGGCUACUCCAGUCAGCACUCACAUGGUCACAUGGGGCUGAAUACAUCCUCGUUUCAAAGUAGUGGCAAUCCCAUUCAUUAUUCUUAUUCUCAGAUGUAUCAAACACAUGACAAAAAUCAUAAUGUCAGUAAAAGCAGAAACAAACCGUUGAAAUCCAUAAUAAUUAAAGCAGAGUCAUCCAAUGACUGUGAUGGAGACACGAGUCCAGAUAGUCCUUAUUCUCCAGGCCGGCUCCAAAAGAAGGUCUCAUUUGCUGACCACAAAGGACUUGCAUUGGCACAAGUUCGUUUAGUCACAGAGGGUCCAGAUGAACCGCCUCAUUUGAAUCCUGAGAUCUUAUCCUCAUUGACUCUUGGUGCAAACGCAGAUGUGACAUGCAAGCCUCCCAUCAAACUCUGCUUCGCCCAGCCGGCAUCUGACUAUCUCGCAUUCAGAGAAAAGAUCAACAAGAAUUUGGUGUCGUUAGAAAAUGUUAUUUUGAGGGACUAUACGGUGGAGGGUACGAUUAAAGUGAAAAACAUUGCCUUCGAAAAAAGUGUGUUUGUGCGGCUGUCACUUAAUGAAUGGGAAACUUUCGAAAAUAUUGAUGCAACAUACGUGCCUGGUCCCGGGUUGAGUUAUUCUGAACCUUAUGACACUUUUUCGUUUAAAAUGGAAAUACCACCAACUUUUGACGUAUCCAAGAAAUUACAGUUUGCCGUAUGCUUUGAAGAAAAUGGGAACCAACACUGGGACAACAAUGACGGCGUAAAUUAUUGUAUUGUGUCAGAACAUUAUGAUAAUUAUAAAAUGUCUACGCCGGUUGGACCCGCCUACAAUCCUCGAUGGCUUCCAGAGAAACGUACAGAUUCAUGGACAGAAUUCUCUGUGUGGCGAGACGUUGAAAUAGCUACCCCAUAUUACUGA